UCUCUUAUACGGAUAGUGAAAGAGAAGCUGCAAAUUUCCCAAUUUAUCACAAAAUAGAAAUUUCAUAUUUCAAAUAAUUAGAAAUUAUAAAAUAAAAAUACUCCGAACAAAAAAUCUUCUGCGCAGGAGAAAGAAGAGAGAGAAAGAGAGAGUUCUCCGCAACUGUGAUCGAUGACGGAGGAGAUGGUGGCCGAUGAAGUUACGCCUCCGCCACGUAGGGUCCUUAUCAUCUCCGCCGGUGCUAGCCAUUCCGUCGCUCUGCUCUCUGGGGACAUUGUUUGCUCAUGGGGUCGAGGAGAGGAUGGCCAAUUAGGUCAUGGAGAUGCAGAGGAUCGACCUUCUCCGACGCAACUAAGUGCCUUAGAUGACCACCAGAUUGUAUCCGUCACCUGUGGUGCUGACCACACGGUUGCUUAUUCAGAAUCUCGCAUGGAGGUCUACAGUUGGGGAUGGGGUGAUUUUGGGAGAUUAGGCCAUGGGAACUCAAGCGACUUGUUUACUCCGCUGCCAAUCAAAGCUUUGCACGGUAUUCGGAUUAAGCAGAUUGCGUGUGGAGAUAGUCAUUGUUUGGCUGUGACAAUGGAAGGCGAGGUUCAGAGUUGGGGGCGCAACCAGAAUGGUCAACUUGGUCUUGGGGACACAGAAGAUUCUCUAGUGCCUCAGAAGAUUCAAGCCUUUGAGGGAAUACGAAUCAAAAUGGUUGCUGCUGGUGCGGAACACACUGCUGCGGUUACAGAAGAUGGUGAUCUUUAUGGAUGGGGAUGGGGAAGAUAUGGAAAUUUGGGAUUAGGUGACCGGAAUGACCGCUUGGUUCCUGAAAGAGUUACCUCUGCUGGUGGUGAGAAGAUGUCGAUGGUUGCUUGUGGAUGGCGGCACACAAUAUCAGUUUCAUACUCUGGAGCAUUAUAUACUUAUGGAUGGAGCAAAUAUGGACAGCUAGGACAUGGAGACUUGGAGGAUCACCUUGUCCCUCACAAACUGGAAGCGUUGGGCAACAGUGUUAUCUCCCAGAUUUCGGGAGGUUGGAGACACACAAUGGCAUUGACCUCUGAUGGAAAACUAUAUGGAUGGGGUUGGAAUAAGUUUGGGCAAGUAGGAGUGGGCAACAAUUUAGAUCAGUGUUCUCCUGUGCAAGUGCGAAUUCCCGACGAUCAGAAAGUAGUUCAAGUGUCAUGUGGAUGGAGACAUACAUUGGCUGUGACUGAAAGAAAUAAUGUAUUUGCUUGGGGCAGAGGCACAAAUGGACAGCUCGGCAUUGGAGAAUCGCUUGAUAGGAAUUUUCCCAAGAUUAUAGAGGCACUGAGCGUCGAUGGAGCCAGUGGACAACAUAUAGAAUCUUCUAAUUUUGAUCCAUCUUCAGGAAAAAGUUGGGUGUCACCCUCAGAGAGAUAUGCGGUUGUUCCUGAUGAAACCGGCCAAACGGAUGGUUCAAACAAAGGCAAUGGAGGUGAUAUCAGUGUCCCACAAACUGAUGUCAAGCGUGUACGAUUUUGAGUUGAGACAAUUCCUUUUUUUUUUCCGUGUGUUGUUGGUUUCGAAUGUUUUUCAAUGAUGUCUUUUGGGUUAAGGUUUGUUUGUACUACGUACGUCUGUCUAGUUUGGGAUUUGCUUGCUUGCUUGUUGCUGUUAGUUUGUAUUUUGUAACUUGCAAUGCUUAAUUCCUCCCCUUGGGAUUUAACUUUUUUCUUACUUCCACUCUAGUGUCUGUUUUUUUCUUAACGAUAAUAAGGUCUUAUGAUUAUGUGUUUAAAUUUCAUA